AUGGUCAAGGACGAGAAUGGCAAGCGCAAGGCCAGCGACGAGCCCGAGUCGCCCACCCUCUCCAAGCGGGCCAAGCACAGCGACUCGGCCGAACCCGAGAAGAAGCCCGCCAUGAAGCCUAUACCCUUCCCCGAAAAACUCGGCGUCAUCGAGGAACGCAACGGCGAGAUCGAGUUCCGCGUCGUGAACAACGACAACGAGCGCGAGUCGCUCAUCAUCCUGACCGGCCUCAAGUGCAUCUUCCAGAAGCAGCUCCCCAAGAUGCCCAAGGACUACAUCGCCCGCCUCGUCUACGACCGAACCCAUCUGUCCAUCGCCAUUGUCAAGAAGCCACUCGAGGUCGUCGGCGGAAUCACCUAUCGGCCGUUUAAGGGACGCCAGUUCGCCGAGAUCGUCUUCUGCGCCAUUAGUAGUGACCAGCAGGUCAAGGGAUACGGCGCCCAUCUCAUGUCCCACCUCAAGGACUACGUCAAGGCCACCAGCGACGUCAUGCAUUUCCUGACCUAUGCCGACAACUACGCCAUCGGGUACUUUAAGAAACAGGGAUUCACCAAGGAGAUCACCCUGCCUAAAUCUGUGUGGAUGGGCUACAUCAAGGACUACGAGGGAGGCACUAUAAUGCAGUGCUCCAUGCUUCCGCGGGUGCGCUAUCUCGAGAUGGGCCGCAUGCUGCUGAAGCAGAAGGAGUGCGUGCACGCCAAGAUCCGCGCCUUUUCCAAAUCCCACAUGAUCCACCAGCCACCCAAGCAGUGGAAGAAUGGCGUCGAAUCCAUAGAUCCCAUGUCCAUCGACGCCAUCCGCGAGUCCGGCUGGUCGCCCGACAUGGACGAGCUGUCGCGCCAGCCGCGGCACGGCCCCAACUACAACCAGCUCCUCCACCUGCUGAACGACCUCCAGAACCACCAGUCGGCCUGGCCCUUCCUGGUACCCGUCAACAAGGACGACGUCGCCGACUACUACGACGUCAUCAAGGAGCCCAUGGACCUGUCGACCAUGGAGGCCAAGCUCGAGGCCGACCAGUACGGCACGCCCGAGGAGUUCGUCAAGGACGCCAAGCUCAUCUUCGACAACUGCCGCAAGUACAACAACGAGACGACGCCCUACGCCAAGUCGGCCAACAAGCUCGAGAAGUACAUGUGGAGCCAGAUCAAAGCCAUCCCCGAGUGGUCCCAUCUCGAACCGUAG